AUGGCCCGGGCCGGCGGGGCGGCGGGGCCGCGGCGGCGGGUGCUGGUGCUGAUGGUGCUGGUGGCCGCGGCGGGGCGGCGGGGCCGGGGCGCGGGGCGGCGGCGGGGGGGAGGCGCCCCCCCCGGCCCCGCCGGCCCCCCCGGGCCCCCGGCGCCCCCCGGCCCCCCCGCCCGCCCGCUCCUGCUGCUGCUGCCGCUGCCGCUGCCGCCGCCGCCGCCGCCGCCCCGCGCCGCGCCCGCCGCCGCCGCCGCCGCCGCCCGCCCGGAGGCGCUGCCCCGGGGGGGGCUGCCCAUGAAGGAGGAGCCGCUGACCGCCGGGCUGCCCUCCGUCCGCUGGCUGCAGGGCACCGGCAUCCUGGACGCCAGCACGGCGGCGCAGAGCGGGGUGGGUCUGGCCCGAGCCCACUUCGAGAAGCAGCCCCCCUCCAACCUGCGGAAAUCCAACUUCUUCCACUUCGUCCUGGCCAUGUACGACCGGCAGGGCCAGCCCGUGGAGAUCGAGCGCACCUCCUUCAUCGACUUCGUGGAGAAGGAGCGGGAGCAGAACGGCGAGAAAACCAACAACGGGAUCCACUACCGGCUCCAGCUGCUGUACAGCAACGGGCUCCGGACCGAGCAGGACCUCUACGUCCGCCUCAUCGACUCCAUGUCUAAGCAGGCCAUCAUCUACGAGGGGCAGGACAAGAACCCAGAGAUGUGCCGGGUCCUCCUCACCCACGAGAUCAUGUGCAGCCGCUGCUGCGACAAGAAGAGCUGCGGGAACCGCAACGAGACCCCCUCCGACCCCGUCAUCAUCGACAGGUUUUUCCUCAAGUUUUUCCUCAAAUGCAACCAAAACUGCCUGAAGAACGCUGGGAACCCCCGGGAUAUGCGGCGCUUCCAGGUGGUGGUGUCGACGACGGUGAACGUGGACGGCCACGUCCUGGCCGUGUCCGACAACAUGUUUGUCCACAACAACUCCAAGCACGGGCGGCGGGCACGGCGCCUCGACCCCUCCGAAGCAGCCACCCCCUGCAUCAAAGCCAUCAGCCCCAGCGAGGGCUGGACCACCGGAGGUGCCACCGUCAUCGUCAUCGGCGACAACUUCUUCGACGGGCUGCAGGUCGUCUUCGGCACCAUGCUGGUGUGGAGUGAGCUCAUCACACCUCACGCCAUCCGGGUGCAGACCCCCCCACGGCACAUCCCCGGCGUGGUGGAGGUGACGCUCUCCUACAAGUCCAAGCAGUUCUGCAAGGGCGCCCCGGGACGCUUCGUCUACACCGCGCUGAACGAGCCCACCAUCGACUACGGGUUCCAGCGGCUGCAGAAGGUCAUCCCUCGGCACCCCGGGGACCCCGAGCGCCUCCCCAAGGAGGUGCUGCUGAAGCGGGCGGCCGACCUGGUGGAGGCUCUCUACGGGAUGCCGCACAGCAACCAGGACAUCAUCCUGAAGCGAGCGGCGGACAUCGCCGAGGCGCUGUACAGCGUCCCCCGCAACCCCGGCCAGCUCUCCUCGCUGGCCGGCACUCACGGCCCCGCCGGCAUGAUGGGGGUGAACUCCUUCGGCAGCCAGUUGGCCGUCAACAUCGGCGACUCGCCACAGGGCACCGAGCAAGGCUACUCCCGAAACACGGGCAGCGUCUCGCCGCGGGGCUACGUGCCCAGCUCCACGCCGCAGCAGAGCAGCUACAGCGGUGCCGCCGGCAUCAACGGCUACGGCGGCGGCACCAUGGCCGGCCUGGGGGUGCCCGGCUCCCCCAGCUUCCUCAACGGAUCCACCGCCAACUCCCCCUACGCCAUCAUGCCCGCCAGCCCCCCGCUCGGCGCCUCCUCCAUCACCCUCCCGUCGGGCACCAACGCCUCCACCCCCAGCGGGGUCUUCUCCUUCUCCCCCGUCAACAUGAUCUCGGCGGUGAAGCAGAAAAGCGCCUUCGCCCCCGUGGUGCGGCCGCAGACCUCCCCGCCGCCCGCCUGCGCCAGCACCAGCGGCAGCAGCCUGCAAGAUCCGGCUUUCGAGGACUCGGACAAGUUCCACACGCCUGCGCGGCCGCUCCAGGGACUGGCCUAUUCCUAAGCACACCGUGCCCGGCCACCUCAUGCCGCCCACAUGAGUCGGGAUGGUGCCGGAGCCGCGACAUGGACCGGGACCGA